AUGAUGCAAAGCAGUACUUGCUGUAGAAUGUCAUUCCACCCAGGACGAGGGUGCCCCCGAGGGCGAGGAGGACAUGGAGCCAGACCCUCCGCGCCAGCCUUCAGGCCCCAGAAUCUGAGACUGCUUCACCCUCAGCAGCCUCCCGUGCAGUAUCAAUAUGAACCUCCAAGUACCCCUUCCACCCCCUUCUCCAACUCUCCGGCCCCCAAUUUCCUGCCUCCACGCCCAGACUUUGUCCCCUUUCCCCCUCCCAUGCCUCCAUCAGCCCAGGGCUCCCUUCCCCCCUGCCCAGUGCGGCCCCCUUUCCCCAACCACCAGAUGAGACACCCGUUCCCUGUGCCGCCCUGCUUUCCCCCCAUGCCGCCCCCGGUGCCCUGUCCCAACAACCCCCCUGUGCCUGGAACACCUCCUGGACAGAGCACGUUCCCCUUCAUGGUGCCCCCUCCCUCCAUGCCUCACCCCCCACCACCCCCGGUCAUGCCCCAGCAGGUGAAUUACCAGUACCCCCCAGGAUACUCGCAUCACAACUUCCCACCUCCCAAUUUCAACAGUUUCCAGAACAACACCAGCUCUUUCCCCCCCAGUGCUAGCAACAGCAGUAGCCCUCACUUCCGGCACCUCCCUCCCUACCCUCUGACCAAGGCCCCCAGUGAGAGGAGGUCCCCCGAAAGGCUCAAGCACUAUGACGAUGAGCCCCGGCACCGUGAUCAUAGCCACGGCCGAGGCGAGAGGCACCGCUCGGUGGACCGUCGGGAGCGGGGCCGCAGUCCGGACAGGCGGCGACCAGACAGCCGCUACAGAUCUGACUACGACCGUGGGCGGACGCCCUCUCGUCACCGAAGCUAUGAGCGCAGCAGAGAGCGGGAGCGGGAGAGACCCAGGCACCGGGACGGCCGAAGAUCACCAUCUUUGGAAAGGCCCCACAACAAAGAGUAUAAGAAAGCUGGAAGGAAUUAUGGUUUACCAGUUGUUCCUGACCCUGGAUGCACACCAGAAUUACCUGGGGAGAUUACUAAAAAUACAGAUUCUUGGGCUCCACCCCCAGAGACUAUAAAUCACCGUUCCCCUAGUAGGGAGAAGAAGAGGACUCGGUGGGAGGAUGAGAAGGACAGAUGGAGCGACAGCCAGAACUCUGGCAAAGAGAAGAACUUGACCUCCAUCAAGGAGAAGGAAGCCGAGGAGGCCCUGGCUGACAGGAACGAGGAGGAGGAGGAAGAGCUGCUUAAACCCGUGUGGAUCCGAUGCACCCAUUCUGAAAACUACUACUCCAGCGACCCCAUGGAUCAGGUGGGAGAUUCUACUGUCGUUGGAACUAGUCGGCUCCGGGACUUGUAUGAUAAGUUUGAGGAAGAGUUGGGGAGCAGGCAAGAGAAGGCUAAAGCUGCCAGACCACCGUGGGAGCCCCCCAAGACGAAGCUGGAUGAGGAUUUAGAGAGUUCCAGUGAAUCCGAAUGUGAGUCCGAUGAGGACAGCACUUGCUCUAGCAGCUCGGACUCGGAAGUUUUCGAUGUCAUUGCAGAAAUUAAGCGGAAGAAGGCUCACCCUGACCGACUCCACGAUGAACUUUGGUACAACGACCCCGGCCAGAUGAAUGACGGCCCACUCUGCAAAUGCAGCGCCAAAGCCCGCCGCACGGGGAUCAGACACAGCAUCUACCCUGGAGAGGAGGCCAUCAAGCCCUGCCGACCUAUGACCAACAAUGCCGGCAGGCUUUUCCACUACCGAAUUACAGUUUCCCCGCCUACAAACUUUUUAACCGACAGGCCAACUGUUAUAGAAUACGACGACCAUGAGUAUAUCUUCGAAGGGUUUUCCAUGUUUGCACACGCUCCGCUGACCAAUAUUCCACUGUGUAAAGUAAUUAGAUUCAACAUAGACUACACCAUUCAUUUCAUUGAAGAGAUGAUGCCUGAGAAUUUCUGUGUAAGAGGAUUGGAACUGUUUUCACUGUUUCUAUUCAGAGAUAUUUUGGAAUUGUAUGACUGGAACCUUAAAGGUCCUUUGUUUGAAGACAGUCCUCCCUGCUGCCCACGGUUUCAUUUUAUGCCACGUUUCGUAAGGUUCCUUCCAGAUGGAGGGAAGGAGGUGCUGUCCAUGCACCAGAUACUUCUCUACCUCCUGCGCUGCAGCAAAGCCCUGGUGCCCGAGGAGGAGAUUGCCAACAUGUUGCAGUGGGAAGAGCUGGAGUGGCAGAAGUACGCGGAGGAGUGUAAAGGCAUGAUUGUCACCAACCCGGGAACGAAACCAAGCUCUGUCCGUAUUGAUCAGCUGGACCGUGAACAGUUCAACCCGGAAGUGAUUACUUUUCCCAUUAUUGUCCAUUUUGGGAUCCGCCCUGCACAGUUGAGUUAUGCAGGAGACCCACAGUAUCAGAAGCUGUGGAAGAGUUACGUGAAACUUCGGCACCUCCUGGCAAACAGUCCCAAAGUUAAGCAAACGGACAAACAGAAGCUGGCCCAGAGAGAGGAAGCACUCCAAAAAAUAAGGCAGAAGAAUACAAUGAGGAGAGAAGUGACGGUGGAGCUCAGUAGCCAAGGAUUUUGGAAGACUGGCAUUCGGUCUGAUGUCUGUCAGCAUGCAAUGAUGUUGCCUGUUUUAACUCACCACAUCCGCUACCAUCAGUGCCUAAUGCAUUUGGACAAGUUGAUAGGAUAUACUUUCCAAGAUCGUUGUCUGUUACAGCUGGCCAUGACUCACCCGAGUCAUCACUUGAAUUUUGGGAUGAAUCCUGAUCAUGCCAGGAAUUCUUUGUCUAACUGUGGGAUUCGCCAGCCCAAAUAUGGAGACCGAAAGGUUCAUCACAUGCACAUGCGGAAAAAGGGCAUUAACACCUUGAUAAAUAUUAUGUCGCGCCUUGGCCAAGAUGACCCAACUCCUUCAAGGAUUAACCACAACGAACGGCUGGAAUUCCUUGGUGAUGCUGUGGUUGAAUUUCUGACCAGCGUCCAUCUGUACUAUUUGUUCCCUAGUCUGGAGGAAGGAGGAUUAGCAACCUAUCGGACCGCCAUCGUUCAGAACCAACACCUUGCCAUGCUAGCAAAGAAACUGGAACUGGACCGAUUUAUGCUUUACGCUCAUGGACCUGACCUUUGUAGAGAAUCAGACCUUCGGCAUGCGAUGGCUAAUUGUUUUGAAGCAUUGAUAGGAGCGGUUUACUUGGAGGGAAGCCUGGAAGAAGCGAAGCAGCUAUUUGGGCGCUUACUCUUUAAUGAUCCGGACCUUCGAGAAGUCUGGCUCAAUUAUCCUCUCCACCCGCUCCAGCUACAAGAGCCAAAUACUGAUCGACAGCUUAUUGAGACUUCUCCGGUUCUGCAGAAACUGACCGAGUUUGAGGAAGCAAUUGGAGUAAUUUUCACCCAUGUUCGCCUCCUGGCACGAGCCUUCACAUUGAGAACCGUGGGAUUUAACCAUCUGACCUUAGGCCACAAUCAGAGGAUGGAAUUCCUCGGUGACUCCAUAAUGCAGCUGGUCGCCACCGAGUACCUGUUUAUUCACUUCCCCGAUCACCACGAAGGGCACUUAACUCUGUUACGAAGCUCUUUGGUGAAUAACAGGACGCAAGCCAAGGUAGCAGAGGAGCUUGGCAUGCAGGAGUACGCCAUCACGAAUGACAAAACCAAGAGGCCCGUGGCCCUCAGGACCAAGACCUUGGCGGACCUUUUGGAAUCGUUCAUUGCAGCACUGUACAUUGAUAAGGAUUUGGAAUAUGUUCAUACUUUUAUGAAUGUCUGCUUCUUCCCACGAUUGAAAGAGUUCAUUUUGAAUCAAGAUUGGAAUGACCCGAAAUCCCAGCUUCAGCAGUGCUGUCUGACUCUGAGGACUGAAGGGAAGGAGCCAGACAUUCCUCUGUACAAGACUCUGCAGACAGUGGGACCAUCUCAUGCCAGGACCUACACCGUGGCUGUUUAUUUCAAGGGAGAAAGAAUAGGCUGUGGGAAAGGACCAAGUAUUCAGCAAGCAGAAAUGGGAGCAGCAAUGGAUGCACUUGAAAAAUAUAACUUUCCCCAGAUGGCCCAUCAGAAGCGGUUCAUUGAGCGGAAAUACAGACAAGAGUUAAAAGAAAUGAGAUGGGAAAGAGAACAUCAAGAGAGAGAACCAGAAGAGACUGAAGACAUAAAGAAAUAAAGAAGGGCAUGGACGUGGUGGCGUAUUCAUUUGUUUAAUAACUGUGACUGCUGCCCAUUGAGACCUGGCCUAUUUUCCUAUAGACAAUGAAUGAAGUGUGACCAUUGAAAUAUAACACCAAGUCAAAUGCUGUGUUUUCUGAUCUAAGAUUCUGCUUUUAGCAGGUUUGUCUUUAUUAUAGAGUGUUUGAUUUUCCCUGUUUUUAUGGAAAAUGUCACAUUGAAUGUACAUAAUCUCUCUUAACGUUGCUCAUUAAAGGAAGAAAGUCAAGAAGCAU